AUGGGUGAUUGGGGAUGGGUGACUUAUACAGUGCUGGAAGUGCUGAUUGCUGUGGCAUGUUGCUUUGGGAAUGUGCUGGUGGUGUGUGCAGUGGCUUUUGGCAUCCAAGAUUGCCUUCGGCGGCCAACUUUCUGCUUCUUGGUGUCCUUGGCUGUUGCUGACUUUUUGGUGGGUGCAGCUGCUGUGCCUUUAGCUGUGCUGUUAGACGGCCGGGUGAGUCUGACCUCCCACCAGUGCUUGCUCCUUAGCUGUGUUGUGCUUGUGCUGACUGAAGCAUCCGUCCUCUCUCUGCUGGCUAUUGCCAUUGACCGAUACCUGCGGCUGCACAUGCCUUUCAGAUACAAAGCCAUCGUCACCCAGAGGUGCACACUGUUAGCCAUGUCCGUCUGCUGGAUUCUUUCCUUUCUGUUGGGUUUCACCCCUCUGUUGGGUUGGCACAAUAUUUCUGUUGGGGUUUAUUCAACCAACACAUCUUCUGCCUCUCCCAGCUACUCCCAAUGCACCUUCCUCUCAGUUAUCUCGCUGCCCUUUAUGGUUUAUUUCAAUUUCUUUGGAUGCAUAAUGGCUCCUCUGCUAGUUAUGACAUUUCUAUACAUCAUCAUCUUCUGGAGCCUGCACAAACGUCUAAAAAACUGUUGCCUUCAAGCGCAGGCCUCGCUGCUUAGAGAGAAGAGGCUAGCCUGCUCACUUUCUCUGGUUCUGACAUUAUUUGCAUGCUGCUGGAUUCCUCUGCACUCAAUGAACUGUCUUUUGCUCUUCAUGGGACCUCAAGCGGUGACGCAGGGAACACUUUACACAGGUAUUCUCCUGUCUCAUGCCAACUCAGCAGUUAACCCAUUGGUCUACGCGUAUCGCAUCCCCAAGAUCCAGAGGGCCUAUGCUCAGACAUGGAGGCGUCUCACACUAAAGCUGAACUGCUUCACUAGAAACAACCCAAAUCAACAAACCACAGCAGGCCACUAAUUAAAGUAAUGAAACUUUGAGGUUUAUGUAAUAGAUUUAUUUUUUUCCAAAGCUUCACUCUGUCAUUAUAAAGCAGUUAUGAAAUCGGAUUUUGUUCAAUUUAAAAUAAUAAUGAAACAUAUCUGACUUCCUUAACAGUGUUUGAUUUAAUGAAGACUUUAUUUUAGUAAGAGCAAUUUAUCAAAGCUCCACUAGAGGGCACCAUAGAUCCACAAACCUAACAGUUGCUGAUCAGCUAGAAUUAGAAUUGCAGUGUGUUGUGCUUUUAUGAAAUAUAACUUUAAGAGAUACCUUACUUACUGUGAUUUUUUUUAACAAAAGAUUUAAAGGAUUUUAAUGUUUUU